AUGAUUGGAAUUAUUUCAUGGUUCUUAUUAUUCUUAUCAGUUCAAUGUAUUGAUAUUGUAAAGAAUUGGGAAAAUCUCCAAUAUACUAGAUCAAUUGAUUUAUCCAAGAGUUAUAUUAAAGAAACUGUUGAUAUUGAAGCUAUAAAUAUUGAUGAUAAACCAAAUGGUGAAUAUUAUUUUCAUAUACCUGAUGGAUUAAACAAUUAUAACAUUUCAUUAAUUUCUGGUACUUUUAAUGAACAAUUGGCUAUUUUAGAAUUUCAAGAAAUUUCAAAUAAACUUUAUAAAUUUAAAUUACCUAUACCAAUUGCCAGUAAAUCAAAUGCCAAAUUUAAGAUCAGAUUCAUUUAUAUGGAUAAUUUGUUACCUUUACCUAAAUCUAUUGAAUUAGGUGAUGUUCAAUCAUUAUUAAUCAAAAUUAAUCAAUUCAAUUUCAAUGCUUAUAAUACCAAAAACUAUGAAUUAAAUUUCGAAGGUUUAACUAAAGGUCAAAACAUGGAUAUUAUCAAUGAUAAUUAUGAAAUUGAUGAAAAUGAAUGUAAUUUUGAUGUUCCAACUAUUGAACCAAGAAUUGAAGAUAAAUCUUAUAAAUUUGGCCCUGUUGAAGAUAUCCCACCAUUUUCAAUUAAGCCUAUGGGUUUAUUAUAUGAUCAUAAUAGACCUUUAGCUAAAGCUUUAAAUUUAGAAAGAUCAAUAUGGUUACCAUCUUCUGAUAUUAACAAAUUCCAAAUCGAAGAAUAUUAUGAAUUAACCAAUGUUGGUGCUAAUUUAAAAUCAGGUUUUUCUAGAGUUGAUUGGAUGAAAGGAAAAUAUGAAGGUAUGAGAAACCAUUGGGGUUAUAGUCAUUUAGAAUUACCAACUUCAAUUGAAAAUCAAUUCGAUAAUUAUUAUUUCACUGAUAAAGUUGGUAUGGUAACUACUCAUAGAUUAAUUAAAAACUUCCUUGUUUUUGAACCAAGAUUCCCAUUAUUUGGUGGUUGGUUUUACAAUUUCACUUUGGGUUGGGAUCAAAAUUUCGGUGAAUCUCUAAAGAAAUUAGAUGAUGAUACUUAUAUCUUAAGAAUUCCUUUAAUUAAUUCAGGUAUUGAUUUAACUUACAAAAAUGUUAAUUUAAAUUUUUAUUUACCUGAAAACUCCCAAUUUAUAAACAUUUCAUCUCCAAUUGAAUUCAAAUCCAUAACUUAUGAUAACGAAAAAUCUUAUCUUGAUGUAAGUGAAGGUCAUAAUAAAAUAACUGUCAAUUAUGAAAAUUUAUUUGAAGAUUUAAGUAAAGUUGAUGUAUUGAUUAUGUAUAAAUUCACCAAAGCAAGUUAUUGGUGGAAAGUACUUAAAAUUUCAAGUUUUAUCUUUACUGGUUUGAUAAGUUAUUACUUAUUGAAUUUAAUAAAUUUGAAAAUUGACUGA